AUGAACGCACAAUUAGCGAGUCUUCAGACUAGUAAUCAAACCAUGGAUUCAGAUAUUAGUAACGGAUCUCAUAGCGGAUCAAAUGAUGGCCACAAAGACAUCGACAAUGACCGGGAAAUCGAUGACUUAAUUGAAAACAGCGGUGAUAUCCACGACCAGGAGCUGUACGACCAGAUGCUGGCCAUUGAGAACUGUCUAUUUGGCACAACUGUCACAUCCAAUCAGGUUGCGAGACAUACGGCCCAGAGUUUGGCCAUAACGCCAAUGGUUAGGGUUAUCACGGAUUACGAGGGUAUCAAUCAGUUGGAGUGCCGGCGUAUCCGUGAAUUACACACAGCGACCAAUAUUUUCAAUUACAAUAUCAGCGAUAAUGUGCUAAACAUUACGGACGUGACUGAAUUGGUCCGCUUGACGACCGGCCGGACAGAGGGUCACAUCCGAGAAGUGAUCGCAUUUACCAAAGGUUUAGAGGGGUUCACAAAGUGCUGCGCCGACGACCAGUUGUCGCUCGUGAAGUGCGGCUGCAUUGAAGUGAUUUAUAUGCGGGGUAUCGACUCGUAUGACUCCAAAACAGAUUGUUUUAAUUUUCAUCUAGUUAGUGAAUAUGAUAAUUAA